ACUUUAGCUACUCCAGUUAUAUACUAUAAAUUAAUUCCUAUAAUUGUCAAUAAAAUUGUAGCUAUGAUUUUAAGACAGAUUAUACAUAUUUGUUUGUCUAUUUUGCAAUUGUCUAGAAGUAUUGAGUUUAUACAUGUUUGUUUGUCUAUUUUGGAUUGGUAUGUAACCUUUUCUUUUCAAGGUUGGAUUAGGUUGCCAAUGUAUGGAGAAUGUACAAUAUAUAAUUUUUCAAUCUUUGCAAUCUGUAUCUACUCAAAUAUAGUGAAACUGACUCUCAUGUCCGUGGACUAACCAACCCACAUUAUGUUAGUGAAUCACGUAAAAAUCUUGCAUUGUCAAUUAUCCAAUCAGUUCUAACAAGAAUCACCACUAUUUUAGGUAUUUUUACUAUAAAAUUGUCCUUAUAAUUGUCAUGAGAAUUUUUCUAUCUUUGUACCUAGUGUAUUUCUUAUAAUUUUACGUGGAUUUGAUCCCCAUAUUAGUUAGCAACUUAGCAUAGAAAAAGUAGCAUUGUACGUUUAACACUUAGAGUAGAAUUUUCAUGAAACAAAGAUUAAAUCAUGGAAAACACCUCGUCAUGUUAGGUGACAGAACACUUAAGAUCAGUUCAUUUACGCCACUUUGUACUCAUUCACGUAAUUUUGUGCGUAUUCACGUAAUAUUAUGGUGAUUUACGUAAGAGAGUAAGUUUUUCACGAAAAUAAAAAUUCGGCCUUUUCCCCCUAAUAAUUUGUAUAUGCUAUAUUUUAUGGAAUUAAAUUUGGAUUAUAAUUUAAUCUGUAAAAAUAUGUUGCAUUGAUCAUAAUCUACACAAUGACAUCCAUUUUUUAUAUAUUUCAAAGUUUAAUAUUGUAUUUUACAACGGCAUGAAUAAUUAACAAUAUGCGUGAAUCAACAUCAAGUGGCGUGACAUAACAGUAUUGGUUGCCUGAAUAAUCAACACUCUUACGUGAAUAACACAAAUAUGACGUGAACGACACUAAUAUGGCGUGAAUCAUGCAAAUAUGGUUUUAAUAACUCAAAAUUAGGUGUUUUGUCACCUAACGUGACAAGUGACUUCACUCUUAAAAGUUAAAUAAUUUGAAACUUGACCCCUUGUAAUAUUUAACGUUUGAAUUUUUUUUGUGUGGGAAAAAGCAGAACACUUACCCAGUACUUAUGUCAUGUCCCGUCAUUGUUUAACUUUUGAAUCUGGUUUAGUUAACUAACCAAACCAUGGCUGAUCCACAAUUUAAUAAUAAUAGAUGAGACUACAUUACUCAAACGUUUCACCCAUUUGGCCAUUUCUUUAUUGCAUAUAUUACUUUUUUUUGUGAGACUUGCAGAUAUUCCUUCGAUCCCACCACUUAUCGAUUCUACCAAAGAAGCCUUUUGAGCUUCUGCCCCGAAAUCUGAAACGUAGGGUUUCUAUUCUUCAUCCCCAACCACCAAAACGCAGCCAGACCACUCGACAAUCUACUUCUUGGCCGUUCCCUCUCCUGAACUCUUCCGAAGGGUUCAGCAACACUGCAACUGUCGCUUUUAAUCUUCAAGCUCGUUCAUUGAGCAAACUUUAUUGAAACCGCUUCGGGAUUUUCGGUCGUUGUCUCCUCAGUUUGCUCUUGAGGACGACGACAACUAUAAACAGAAAUCAAGUGGUGAGUUAACUCGCUUCCAACAAGUUGAUACUUCUAUUUUUCUUUUGGUCUUAUCUAUGUGUUUUAGGAGAUCGGGUUUUACCUUUUCCAAUUUUGUCUUCAUCUCCGUGUUAAUCAUUUUUGUUCUUCUCUCUACAGGAUGUCAGAAGAAGUUCAUUCAAGCUCAACUCCUAUAGUUGGGCAACCUAAUCCUGUUACUAGAAUGGCAGAUUCAAAUGCUAAUGCAAGGGGGGAUGAAAGCAAUGUUGAAACAGCAGCCCCAAAUCAAAGUCAAGAAGUAGAAAAUCCAAAUCCUUAUGCACCAAAGAAGCGACAGAAAAAAUCUGCAGCUUGGACAGACUUCAAAGAGGUUCUUGUGGGUACCACUAAGAAGUUCCAGUGUGUACAUUGCAAGGUUCAUUACUUACCACAUGGCUCUGGCGUAACAACAACGUUGCUAAGACAUGGAAAACAAUGUUUAAAGAAGCCUGGAAACAUCAUUCCUCACGGACAGCAACAACUAACUCUGGAAGCUACUCUUGAACUUGGUGAAAGCGUAAGUGCAGUGCAGAAUUUCAAGUAUGACCAAGCAAAGUUACGAGAAUCCAUGGUACAUUGCUUUAUAGUACAUGAAAUGCCUUUCAUGACUGCUGAAUAUGAAAUGUUUAAUGCAAUGAUGAGACGUGCUACUCCACUUUAUCAAAAGGUUAGCCGAACAAGUAUUCAAGCAGAUGUUUUUACCACAUAUGAUAUUCACAGGAAGAAGAUAAAACAACUUCUUGAGAAUGUGACCAGGAUGAGUUUGACGACCGAUCUAUGGAGAUCUAAUCAAACUGUGGAGUACAUGGUUGUCACUUGCCACUUCGUGGACAAAGACUGGAAGUUGCAGAAGCGUGUUCUUAACUUUUGUGAAGUUCCACCACCGCAUAAUGGUCUAUCUAUAUAUGAUGCACUACAUACAUGCUUAAGUGAUUGGGAUAUUGAGAAGAAGAUAUGGACAAUCACUUUAGACAAUGCAUCUUACAAUGAUGUAGCUGUGAGGACGUUGAAAGGUACUCUUAGUUAUCAAGGUGAGCUUCCACUUGGUGGGGAAAUGUUUCAUGUUCGUUGCUGUGCUCAUAUCAUCAAUAUAUUGGUGCAAUGUGGACUCAAGGAGAUUGAAGGUACAAUUAAGAGUGUUAGAGAAAGUAUUAGGCAUAUUGCUCCUUCAACGAGUCGAGUAACAAUCUUUCGGGAUAUUGCAAAGCAAUUGAAGUUGCCUUCAAAGAAGCUUAUUUUAGACUGUUGCACUCGAUGGAACUCCACAUAUCAUAUGAUCUCUACUGCUUCAGAGAUGAAAGCGGUGUUUCCUCGAUAUGCUGAGAGAGAUUCAUUGUACAAGUGGUUGCCUGCUGAUGAAGAUUGGGUCAAUGUCCUAGAUGUUUGUGAAUUUUUGGAGUUGUUUAAUGACAUCACCACACUUAUUUCUGGCAGCAGCUAUUCAACUGUUAACUUAUUUCUUCCUGAAAUGUGGGCUAUCAAGAUGUUAUUAAAAGAGACCUUGGAUUCAGAGAAACCAAGUAUGAGGUCUAUGGCAUCCAAAAUGCUACAGAAGUUUGAGAAGUAUUGGGGUCAGUCAAACUUGGUAAUUUCAAUUGCUUGUGUCUUGGACCCAAGGAAUAAGUUCAAAAUGCUUGAGUUGUAUUUCCCUGAUCUUUAUGAUAAGGAGGGGGCUGAUUAUUUGGCUCAUAUUGCAACUGUCCGUGACAAGCUUCAUAAGUUAUUUGAUGAGUAUGUGGAGGAAUACAAAGCUAAGAAUGUGGGCAAAUCAUCUGAAAAUGAAGGUGGAGUCACUUCUUCUGCUGCUAAUAUCACAACUGGGAAAGGGAAGAGAAAAAUGGGAAGAGAAAGGUUUGAUUCCAUAGUUCAAAAUGUGGAGUGUGUUUCAACAAUGAGAUCUGAACUUGAUGUGUAUCUUCAAGAUUGCCUACAUAUUCACAAGGGGGGAGCAGAAUUUAAUGUCAUUGAGUGGUGGAAGGAACAAAGCAUGAGGUACAAGAUCUUAUCGACAAUGGCUUGUGACAUCAUGGCUAUUCCUAUUACAUCAGUAGCCUCGGAAGCUGCCUUUAGUGCCGGAGGAAGAGUGGUUGAUAAACAUCGUACAUCGUUGGGGACAAAGACCGUUCAAGCUCUACUUUGCACUCAAGAUUGGUUGAAGAAUCAUUAUCAUUUGAAAAAGACUGUCAAGACCAUGACCAAAAAGGAAGAUGCUGUGGAGAUCGACCUUUCUUAAUAGGACCUUAUAAUCAUGACCUUCUAGGAAUUUUGGUUUGACUAAAGGUAAAUUAUCAAUCACCCUUCUGAACCAUGUAUUGUGUUUCUAUUGAGUUGCAUGCUGGUCAUUUAUGGGUUUCUUGGAGCUAUUGCUUCUGUCCUAUUCAAAUAAGUUGCUUACGGGCUAGAAACAAGAUAGAAAAUGUUGAGAAAACCAAAGCAGCAUACAAUACAUAUAUAUAUAUAUAUAUAUGAAAGAAACAUGAUGGUUAGAACUGGUGAACUUCAAAGUAAAACUGGUGCUCCCUCUGCCUUUUUAAUAAAGAAAGAAACAUGGUGAUUAGAAGGUGUGAGUAAUUUAAUUUGAAUGGUUGGGAGAAGAAAAUCAAAACAUCAAUUUGAUCAAAGUUUGUUCAUACUGGGAAAAGGAUCCUGAUUCCUGGGUAUGUCAAACGUGGUGUGUGUAGUUGAUGUUCAUGAUUACUUAUUGUAUCAUCAUCAAAAUCUGUUCACUCUUGUCAAAUAGUUGCUUAUGGAUCAUAAUUAAAAGUGUGUGAUGUAAGACUUGGAUGGAUUGAUAAUAUUUUUAUUAUAUUGUUUUUAUGGAUUGGGCGAUGAUAAUCAUUCUUUCUUUUUCUUUUAUUUACCCUUGCAGAAUCUGGUAGGAGGAAGCACAUUUUGGUAGUUAAUCAACUGAACGAUUAACCUAGAGCAUGAUGGCUCAACCUUAACCUAUAUUUUGUCUUGAAUAUGUAAUUGUGUCGGAGUUCUCGUAGAACAUGUAUUUAGUCCUGGAUAUGUAAUUUUGUGGAAGCUAUGGAAGGAUUAAACGUACCAUUAUAAACGUGGUCAUUCUCUUGUUGAUAUUGAAGUUUGUUGUAGUUUUUAGUGUUUCUUUUUUUAAUUAAAAUCAUUAUAUUGCACAAUUUCAGGAAAAAAGAUUUCAAGCCGAGUUCAUCUCGAGUCGAGCUAGUGUUGAGCUUGACAAGUUUUGUUAUCAAGCAUUUAUCGAGUCGAGCCGAGUCAAACUCGAGUUGGAUAAUUUUGUUUCCAAGCCGAGUCGAGUUCGAGCUGGAUUAUCUACAUUCAAGCUCGAGUCGAGUUCGAGCCGAGUAAUUUAUAAACGAGUCGAGUUCGAGCUGAGCAAAAACUCGACUCGACUCGGCUCGUUUGCAGCCCUAGUUAUAACCAGCCAGAUCGACUGUUGUAACAUAGAGCAUAAACUUGUUGUACAUAUUAUUGCAAGUUGUGAGUUACAACCAUAUCCAGCUCAUAUAACUCAACGGCCGGUUUGAAUCAUGAAAUCUGAUGAGGGAUUGGACCAGAAUCCCGGCCCGUCCAGGAUUUUAACCAUUUUCCUUGUUUCGGUAGCUCUCAAAUAAUGCGAGAUUUGGGUCAUUCGGAAUUUUAAAAUCCGGCCCAACCCGAUAUUUGAAAUAGCUGUCACCCCCAAAUAUUUUAAAAUCCGACCUUACAUAUUUUAUUCGUUUAAAACUUCUGCAUCUGUAUUACUUUCAAGUCGUUUCAUAUUUCCCUGUUCAUUUGAUGGCUAUGCCGUACUAAAACGUAUAAAAUCUGUAUAACACGUUUAAACCCAUAUUUAAUGAAUUAAAUUUUUAUUU